AUGGUUUAAGAAAAAGUUAUACAGACUACACUAUUCUUUAAGAAGUAAGGUUUUCAAAAUACUUAAAGAUGAAUCAGGCCAAUUCAGCACUUCCAAUUCAGUAUAUCAACACCUCAGAAGAGGCCGAGAAAUCUAUCUGUCAAAGAUGUAAGACCGAAGAUGCCAUACUUAUAUCAAGAAAAGAGAAAUUUUGCCAACGUUGUUUUGUGAGGUUCAUUAGAGGAAAGCAAAGGAAACAAAUGAACGGAGAUAAGUUCAGAGUGAAAUAUGGAGAAGUUGCUGAAAAAUUAGGACAUCAAAAGAUUCUUCUUGCAUUAUCUUGCGGAGUUUCGUCCAUAGUAUUAUUUGACGUUAUUGCAUCCUUAUUGAAAGAACAACUGGAAGGCCAUAAAGGUAAGCAGGGUUUUGAGUUAGUGCUAUUGAAUUUGGACGAAUUUGAGUUGAAAUCUUUAGACAAUCACGCCAAAAAAGUCAUACCAAACCUUUUGAAACGUUUUGAAGGAAUCGAUAUUCAAUACAAGAUCUUAAAUCUCCAGUCUUUCAUUCUAGACCAGUCCUUAUUACAAAAGAUAAAGUUGACUAAACAAUUUUCUGCAUUUAGCGAAAAGAUCGAUUCAUCAGAAUCGUAUUCAAUGGAAAGUAUAUUGAAUCUUUGUCCUAAUAAGUCGUCAGUGGAAGAUUUUUUAACUGUUGUUUAUGACGAAUUAAUUUUGCGUACGGCAUACUUGGAGAACUGUGAAACCAUAAUCUAUGGUCAUAGUAUGACCAGAUUAGCGAAUGAAAUCCUCGGCUUAACCGUUAAGGGUAGGGGUUCGUCGAUUCAUGAGGCCAUAGCAGAUCAUACGGUGACCUACAGAGGAAAAAAAUUCGAAAUCCAGUAUCCUUUAAGAGAUGUUUUAUUGGCAGAAAUCAUUGCAUACAGUGAGUUGGAAGAUUUAGACCAGUAUCAAUUAAAAUCAACCAAACCAGUCUCGAAAAUCACCAAAAAUAUGACAAUCAGAGAUAUCACAACUCAAUACUUCAAUCAUUUGGACAAUAAUGGAUACGCUUCGACUGCAUCAACCGUUGUGAAAACCGGAGAAAAAUUAGGGCCUCCAAAAAUCGAUGGCUCAACAACAAACUGCCAAUUAUGUGGAGUGGAAAUUCAUCAUAACCCAAAGGAUUGGUUAAGACGUAUCACCGUGAGCGAAGCAAUGCCACUAGAAACAGAAGAAGAGGAAGACUAUAAAAAACAGUACUUACAAUUAUUUGGUAAUUACGAAAACGAAGACUACUCUGAUAAAGACCCAGUUAAUGUUUGUUACGGUUGUAUAGUCUCUUUGGGUGGCAUAAAACCAGAUUCGGGAUUCAUAUGGCCACUUAAAACAGAUAAAGAAUCAGAACAUGAUAUUCUUAAUGAAUAUAUCUUGACCGACGACGAAGACUAAGUAGUUUCAAAU